AUGCAUUCACCUAAUACUGCUUCCGAAGAAGUUUGUUCUGAUUCAAUAAUUGAUGGAAAAGAAGAUACUUUGCAAAAUUCAGUUCGUUCUGAAACAACAUUAAAAAAUAGUUCUUCCCUGCAUAAAAUUAAAGGAGAUGGUUAUUCAAAAGUUUUAGUUUUAUACACAGGUGGUACUAUUGGUAUGCUUCGGACAGAAAGUGGAGUUUAUGCUCCAGAGACAAGUAUUAUGGAAAAAAGAAUAAAAUUAUAUCCUCAACUUCAUGACACAACUGCUGCUGAAGAUUAUGCAAUUGAGCAUCCAGAGAAAAAUUUUAUGAUAUUACCUGACACUGGUGAAACAGCAAGAGUGCUGUAUGUAAUUCGUGAAUAUGUGCCAUUGCUAGAUUCAUCUAACAUGACUAUGGAUGAUUGGAUUAGAAUAGCCAUGGACAUUAAAGAAUCUUAUGAACAAUACAAUGGGUUUGUUGUUUUGCAUGGAACAGAUACCAUGGCAUAUACUGCUUCUGCUCUUUCUUUCAUGCUUGAAAAUUUGGGGAAAACUGUUGUUAUUACAGGAUCACAGAUUCCAUUAUAUGAAGCUCGCAGUGAUGGUAGAGACAAUCUUAUGAAUGCCUUAAUUGUUGCUGGUAACUAUGUUAUUCCUGAAGUUACCAUUUUAUUCAACAAUAAAUUAUUUAGAGGAAACAGAACAAGUAAAAUCAGUACUUCUAAUCUGGAUGCUUUCAAUUCACCUAACUUACCACCACUUGCUAAAAUGGGUAUUGGAAUUCAUGUUGAGUGGAGAAAUGUGUACCGACCAUCUAGCAUUGAGAAGUUCAACGUUCACUCUUUAUUGAAUCGCAACGUUGGAUUGCUUAGAUUGUUUCCUAGUAUUACAGUUGAAGUGGUACGUGCUUUCUUAAGUCCUCCAAUAGAAGGAGUAGUGCUUCAAACAUACGGUGCUGGAAAUGGGCCGUCCCAAAGAAGAGACCUUUUUGAUGAAUUCAAAAGAGCAUUUAGGCGUGGAGUGAUCAUUGUAAAUUGUACACAGUGCUCUCUUGGGCAAGUUGAUCCAUCAUAUGAAACUGGAAGUGCACUAAUGGAUGUAGGGGUUGUACCAGGUUCUGAUAUGACUCCUGAAGCAGCAUUAACCAAGCUCAGUUAUGUCCUCAGCAAAAAGGAAUGGUCACUUCAAACAAAAAGAACUAUGAUGGAAGCAAAUUUACGUGGUGAGUUAACUGUUCAUAAAGAUGCCAAGUUUGAAGAUUUGGAUGUUAUUACUGCUGUUGUCAAAACACUUAAUCUUUCGUCUGCCGAGGAAGUUGAUGCCUUACGUGACGCAAUAUCACCUGCUAUUUUAUGCAGCAUUGUAUCAGAAGGAAAUUUGGAAAAGCUUGAAAUUAUGAGACAAUUCGGUGCUUAUUUAUCAGCUUGUGACUAUGAUUACAAAACACCUUUACACAUAGCAUGUUCAGAUGGAAAUUUGAAAAUUGUUGAAUAUCUAUUGAAGCAUGGUGCUAGCAUUCAUAUGAGAGAUCGUGAGCACCGAACUCCUUUGAUGAAUGCUGUUGUGAAUGAUCAUCAUGAAGUCAUAAAACUAAUAGUUAAAGCUGGUGGAUAUUUAAAUUUACCAUCAUUAACAAUAGGUGAAAUGCUAUGCAGUUAUGCAAAACAGGGUGAUUUGACGCGUCUUGAAUCUCUUCGUCUUGCCGGUGCUGAUUUGAAUGACCCAGAUUGCACAAACAGAACAUGCCUACAUUAUGCUGCUGAAAUGAAUCUUGAAGAAGUUGUCAGCUAUUUGUUAAAACAUAAUGUGUGUAAAUCUGCUCAAGACUUGUAUGGAAGAACUGCCUGUGAUAUUGCCAAAGUUUUGGAACAUGAUAGUUUAGUAAAAUUGCUUCAGUUAGAAAAUGCUGAUUAA